AUGGAGGAGUCAACGGGCAUUUCCUCUGCAGCGCUGUCCCGAGCCCACAACACCACGGUGUUCCAGGGCACGGCCGGCCAGUCCCUGCAGGUCUCCUGCCCCUAUGACUCUUUGAAGCACUGGGGGCGACGCAAGGCCUGGUGCCGCCAGUUGAGCGAGGAGGGCCUGUGCCAGCGGGUGGUCAGCACCCACCACUCGUGGCUGCUAUCCUUCCUCAAGAGGCGGAACGGAAGCACGGCCAUCACGGAUGAUGCCCUGGGCGGCACCCUCACCGUUACGCUGCGGAACCUUCAGGCGCGGGACGCUGGCCUCUACCAGUGCCAGAGCCUGCGUGGGGGUGAGGCCGACACCCUCGGGAGAGUCCUGGUGGAGGUGCUGGCUGACCCCCUCGAUCACCAGGACCUCUGGGAUCCCGAGGAGCCCGAGAGCUUCGAGGAGGUUCAGGUGGAGCACAGUGUCUCCAGGAGCCUUUCAGAGAAGGAGACUCCUUUCCCUCCCACUUCCAUCCUCCUCCUGGCCUGCAUCUUCCUCAGCAAGCUUCUAGCUGCCGGCACGCUCUGGGCUGCAGCCUGGCACAGGAAGAAACAGGGGACACCCCAGGCCAGGGAGCUGGACUGUGGCCACGCCGCGGGGUACCAGCUCCAAACCCUGACUGGGCAGAGAGACACUUGAGAGAAGAGGAUCCCCCACAGAAGGGAAGAGCCCAGAGAGGCCUGGGGGACCUGCCCAGCCUGCACGCUUCCCCUGACCACCGAGACUCCUGGUCUGCUUUGGCAAAGUCCUCAACUAUAACCUGCCUCCAGGCCCCCGAAGUGGGACCUGGGAAAGGCAUCGGUCAACUUGCACGCAUUACAUAGUAAACACUCUCAAGUA